AUGAAGAGGGUAUCAAAUCUUGCGAAAAGCUUAAAGUUGGCUUCGAGCUCUGUUCGAUGCUCUCAAAUUGCGUUCAAUUCGACUGCGUCCUCUCAAAAUACCACACACUUUGGAUUUCAAAAUGUUCCAGAGGCUGAAAAAGAAAAAAAAGUUCAUGAAGUUUUUGCGAACGUCGCAAAAAAGUAUGAUUUGAUGAAUGACGCAAUGAGCAUGGGAAUUCAUCGCCUAUGGAAGGACUACUACGUUAGCGGAUUGCAUAUUCCUUAUAAGGCGAAGAUUCUAGACAUGGCUGGCGGAACUGGUGAUAUCGCCUUCCGAAUGCUGAGAAGGUCUCCAACAUCUACUGUUACUGUUUCGGACAUUAAUCAGCCAAUGCUUGAUGUAGGAAAAGAGCGGGCGAACGUGGAACGAGACAUUCAAGUAAAUCGUUUGGAAUGGGUUUGCGCGAACGCUGAAGAAAUGCCAUUUGCGGAUAACACCUAUGAUCUCUUCACGAUGUCGUUUGGAAUUCGAAACUGCACACACGUCGACAAGGUGAUUCGCGAAGCUCAUCGUGUGUUGAAGCCCGGUGGCCAACUCGCCAUUCUUGAGUUUAGUGAAGUGAAUUCCGCUUUAAAACCAUUCUAUGAUGCCUAUUCAUUCAAUAUAAUUCCGGUGAUGGGCGAAAUUUUGGCCAGUGAUCGCAAAAGCUAUCAGUACCUUGUCGAAAGCAUCAGAAAGUUCCCAAAUCAGAACGAAUUUGCUGAAAUCAUCAGAAAAGAAGGAUUCGUAGACGUUCGAUAUGAGAAUCUUACAUUUGGAGUUUGUGCCAUUCAUAAAGGAAGAAAGCCAAGAAAGAACUAG